AUGACCUCCUUAUUGUUCCUGGCCUUUCUAUUCCUGGCUGCAGCCACAGUGGCCACUCCCAGAGCUGGCGAUCGGUGUCCGGCAUGUGGGGGACCUGUUUUGGACCUGGAAAGCCAGCGGGAACUGCUUCUUGACCUGGCCAAGAGAAGCAUCUUGGACAAGCUGCACCUCAGCCAGCGCCCAACACUGAGCCGGCCUGUGUCCAAAGCUGCUCUGAGGACUGCACUGCAGCAACUCCAUGGGCCCCCACAGGAGGCACUUCUGGAGGACAACAGGGGACAGGAAUAUGAGGUCAUCAGCUUUGCCAAGACAGGCCUCUCCAACAUCAACCAGACUCGUCUUGAUUUUCACUUCUCCUCUGAUAGAACUGCUGGUGGCAUGGAGGUCCAGCAGGCCAGCCUCAUGUUCUUUGUGCAGCUCCCUCCCAAUAUCACCUGGACUUUGAAAAUAAGGGUGUUUGUGCUAGACUCACAUGAUACCAACCUCACCUUGACUACUCAGCACCUGCUGGAGGUAGGUGCCAGUGGCUGGCACCAGCUCCUCCUGGGGCCUGAAGCUCAGGCUGCCUGCAGUCAGGGGCACCUGACCCUGGAACUGGUACUUGAAGGUGAGGUAGCCCAGAGCUCAGUCAUCUUGGGUGGGGCUGCCCAUAGUCCUUUCAUUGUAGCCCAGGUGAGAGCUGGAGGCAAGCACCGGGUUCGACGACGAGGCAUCAACUGCCAGGGAGGGUCCAGGAUGUGCUGUCGACAAGAGUUCUUUGUGGACUUCCGUGAGAUUGGCUGGCACGACUGGAUCAUCCAGCCUGAGGGCUAUGCAAUGAAUUUCUGCGCAGGGCAGUGCCCACUACAUGUGGCAGGCAUGCCUGGCAUUGCUGCCUCUUUUCACACUGCAGUGCUCAAUCUGCUCAAGGCCAACACAGCUGCAGGUACCACGGGAGGGGGCUCAUGCUGUGUGCCCACAGGCCGGCGCCCCCUGUCUCUGCUCUACUAUGACAGGGACAGCAACAUUGUCAAGACUGAUAUACCUGACAUGGUGGUGGAGGCCUGUGGGUGCAGUUAG